AUGCGACGCGGGAAGGCAGAUGAGAAGAAAGCGGAGCAGGAACGGCUCCAAAACAUCCUGCUGGAUAUGCUCAAGGAAGAUGAAAACAAAUACUGUGCCGAUUGCCAAGCAAAGACUCCAAGAUGGGCGGCUUGGAAUUUGGGAGUAUUUAUCUGCAUUCGCUGUGCAGGAAUACAUCGAAACCUUGGGGUGCAUAUCUCGAAGGUGCGAUCUGUGAAUUUGGAUACGUGGACGCCUGAACAGGUGCAGUCGAUGCGAGUAAUGGGUAAUGAAAAAGCAAGGAAGGUGCGAUCUGUGAAUUUGGAUACGUGGACGCCUGAACAGGUGCAGUCGAUGCGAGUAAUGGGUAAUGAAAAAGCAAGGAAGGUGUAUGAACACUCUUUACCUGAUCACUUUCGCCGUUCUAUGGCAGACCAUCAAAUGGAACAGUUUAUUCGUGCGAAAUAUGAGCAGAAAAGGUAUAUGUUGAAUGGUUUUGUUUAUCCUCGAGUUGAUGUUAACGAUUUACCGAAACCGGGUCAAAUUAACAUAAAAAAGAAGGUUCCAAGUGCUGCACUCACGUCGCCAAACAGUGUACGGGUAUCCGAUGCGGCUUCUUCUGAAUCAAAAUCGAGUUCAGCUGUUGUUAGCGAUCUUCUGGAUUUUUCCUCUCCUGCUAGCUCUAAUACACAGGUCAAUGGCAACAAUUCUUUCGCCGGAGAUUUCGCCUCGUUGUCGAUUGCUCAGCAGGAGGCAGCCGUGAAUCAAGCAGAAGUCGAGGACAUGUUUGGAUCCUUUGCAACCGCACCAACUAUCGAUACAGUUGUACCUGCAGCUCCAUCUCAGCAAGCGUCGCCCGUGGAUAGGGUUGCGCAGUCCACGACACCGUCUCAGGGGUCAGCAGAUCUAAUGUCUUUGUCCGGUGGAUUAGGAACAGAAAACGGAGAGAAAAAAACGACUGCAGACAUUCUUUCUCUUUUUGGUGACCAAUCAAAGGGUCCAACACAACCGAUUGUUCCUGUCGGUGGUUUUGCAGCGUUUGGCUUACAAGCGGCACCUCCUCAGUCUUCUAAUCUCGUUCAGGGGAUGCCUACCUAUGGUGCAGCACCAAAGGUAGCCGAAAACAAGGCUUUUCCAGUAGCUCCGGCAAUGAUGGGCGUCGGAUUUGCUCCUCCUGUAGCUCAGAUGCCAUAUGGAAUGAAUCCGCAAGGAUUUCCAAAUCCGUUCGAACAACCUUCAGGAGCUGCAAUGCUACAGGGCAUGCAGUUUGCUCCAGCUCCCGUUGCCACAAUGUCGGCACAGCCACAGUCCCCAACCGCCUGCUCAACUCGUGCCAAUAACGCAUUUGCUGAUUUAUCUCUAGGGAAGGUUUUGAAUAUGAACUACAUGAGUAAGCCAGUAGUUCCUUCUUCUACCACCGCUCAACCACAAGCAACCACAACGCCUGCUAACAUGAAUUUCGAUGAUUUGCUUGGAUUAUAA